GUUAAGGAGCACUAAAGUGUAUUUUCCUAAUUGGUUUAUUUUUUCCAAGAUCUGAUCUUUUUUUUUUCUUUUUUUGUUUUUCUUUUCACUUUCUACACUUAACCCCAACGCUAAUCAAGUUCCCAUUAAGCAGACCCUUUAGCUUUCUCUGAAAGAAGCAAAGCGAAAGGGGGAAAUGGGAUUAGUGUUUUCAAGAUUGUUUUCAUCUUUAUUUGGGAAUAAAGAAGCUCGGAUCUUAGUUCUUGGACUUGACAAUGCUGGCAAAACUACUAUUCUAUAUCGUCUUCAGAUGGGUGAAGUAGUUUCCACUAUUCCAACAAUUGGAUUUAAUGUUGAGACCGUGCAGUAUAACAAUAUCAAGUUUCAAGUUUGGGAUCUAGGGGGGCAGACUAGUAUCAGGCCAUACUGGAGGUGCUAUUUUCCUAAUACUCAAGCUAUAAUCUACGUUGUUGACUCAAGUGACACUGAUAGGCUCGUGGUUGCUAAAGAGGAGUUCCAUGCCAUAUUGGAGGAGGAAGAGUUGAAAGGUGCUGUUGUUCUCGUAUAUGCUAACAAGCAGGAUCUUCCUGGUGCACUCGAUGAUGCUGCAGUGACUGAGGCCUUAGAGUUGCACAAGAUUAAAAAUAGACAAUGGGCUAUUUUUAAGACUUCUGCCCUCAAAGGAGAAGGGCUCUUUGAGGGCUUGGACUGGUUGAGUAAUACACUCAAAUCCGGAGGUGGCUAAAUUUUUGUUGAAGAUGCAGAUAGACAGUGAAGACAGACGAGAGAGAACUUGGUAUAAUGUGUGAAGCGAUUCCGUCCUUCGAUUAUUUUCUAAUUGCCAUAGAUUCUGAUGUGAACUGCUCGGAUAGAAUGUUUAUACUUAUCACAGAUAAUGAGAAUAUGAGGCUUUAUUCUGACUCUCUUCAUAGAUUACACCUAUUCACUGCGAUGCAUUGUUGCAAAGAAACAUCAAUGGUUUUGCUUUUAA